CUCAGAUAGACAUGUCACUUUACAAGUCACUUCACAGUCAUGAUGCGAGGUAGCGCGUCAUUCUCCACGGAGAACAUUCACUAAAUACCGGACUUUUGACAGUAUUUUUGAAAACUUCAGAAAUGAUCCGAAUCAACAACACCCAAUAUUUCCACUUCCUGCAGCAGGCAGAUGCUUUACGCCGCUCAGGGUCAUUCUGCGAUGCCAUCAUUUCAGUAAAGAGUCAUACGUUCAAGGCUCAUCGGCUAGUACUGGCCUGCGCUAGCAGAAGACUGGCACAGCAGCUAGCCCAAGGUGACAUAGACAGCCCAGCACACUGCACACUGGAGUAUUUCUCACCACGCACGUUCCAGCAGGUCCUGGACUUCACCUACACCCAGGCCCUUGAAGUGCCUGUGGAGGACCUGUAUCUGCUGCUGAGAGCUGCUCAGACGCUGGAGAUGCAGCCGCUGGAGGACCAGUGCCGGAAACAGCUGGAUACCCUCAACGACAAAGCCAGAGAAGAGGACAAAAGAGGAGAAAUCACAGAUGUCAAAAAAGAAAAAAAAAGUGUAAAGGAGACAGAUCAAAAGAAAAAAGAAACUCCAGUUCAAGAGGAGGAAGUCCAAGAGAUUUCUUUGACAGGGGAGGAAGCAAGCAACAGCAAUGUCACGGAAAACCUUUCAGCCCCUGAUUCUGCUAAUAACCACAGCAGUUCGCCAACCCCAAGAAAAACGCUCAGACUCUCCCCUUUGUCAUCAAUACCGCAUAGCAGAGACAGUGCUAUUACCAGGCCCGCCACCAGCAGUUCCUCUUUCUCUUCUCCCUGGACUUUCUCUACGAACAUGUGGAACUCUGUGAACACCCUGAGGUGGAUAGCCGAAAACUCUUCAAACCUUAUUGCAGCACACCCUCUACAGUCCUCAAGUCAAUCCUCUGUAGCAUACCCAUUCUCUCUCACCUCUCCCCACGUAUUCCCCUUACUGGGCCCCCAUUUUCAAAACCAAGUUCACAGCUCUGUAAUGGGCUACUCAGGCUUUUACCCACGUUACACGCAAAACCUUUAUGCAGGAUCUACAGGAAUGGAAAGCAUAGUCAAGCAAGGCCUGUUAAAAAGAAAAAAACCCAUGCAAAGAGCAUUCAACGGGGAUGUUCAAAGUAUUGGGCCGAGUUACCCUCAAGGGCCAAAAGCCAGUGCAGAGAGAGUUAAAGACUGCCGAUGCUGCAAUACUAGUCUCCUUGGUGAUCCAGUUCUGCGGGAGUCAGCCUCCACACCAUCAGGUGAGGCCUGUGCAGGGUGUCAGUUCCGUGGAAGAGAUGUGCAGCAUGAACCACAAUCCAAUCGCCAAGACAACAGAGGAGAAAAACCCUACCAAUGCCAACACUGCCCCAAAAAGUUCAGCCUGAAACACCAACUUGACACACACCACAGAGUUCACACCGGGGAGAAACCUUUCGAGUGUCGUCUCUGUGGUCAGCGCUCAAGGGACUACUCAGCAAUGAUCAAGCACCUGCGGACUCAUGGCGGUGCUGCGCCCUACCAGUGUACCGUGUGCCUGGAGUUCUGCAACAGCCUGGUCGCCAUGCAAAGGCACAUCAAGAGUCACGCAGUGCAGGACUUUCCCCCAGACUGGAGCAUCAACAGCACCUACCUGUACACCUCCCACAUUUGAGCCAUGCUUAACAACAUGGACACAUCCAUCUAGACAAAGUUCUCAUAGGUGUAGCUUUAGAUUGUGCCUCUCAUGUAUUAUUAUUACAUUUGAGUCACAGAGCUGAUGUUUGACCAAAAAAAAAAAAAAAACCAGAAGGUUCUUUAACAACACUUACCCGUUUUGAAGUCAUAAUAAUACCUAAGAGGUACAAACUAGGGCUGUCAUGUAUAGCAAUAACGUCCAUGCAAACUGUGACUGUUCUGUAUUCACACUUACAACAGCAGAACAGAGAAUUGCAGCACUAAUUUCCAAUGACAUGUCAGAAAAUGUAUUGAAGGUGUUUAACUAAUUUCCCAUUAGGUCAUGUACGUGCAUUAAAGCCACAUCAACAGCUCAUCCUCAAUGAAUGACGCAGGCAUCUUCCCUCUUACUUUCAUAAUCAUUGGACCGAUUGUGUGAACUUUGUAAGUUUGACCCAGGUUUAUAGCGCCCUCAUGAGGGCAACCACUGUAACAAUCAGUCUUUUUCUGUAAUAGUGCUUAAACAGCAACACUAUCAGAAUGGGACUAGUGGCUGAGAUGUCACACUUGAAGCUGGACAAAAGAGAUUUUUUUAUUCAUUGCUUGAGCAUUUGAACAGUCAACAUUUAGUGAAUACGUCAUAGUAAGUAUGUACACAGGAUUUUCCUCACUAAAUCUGAGUGAGGAAAAUCCUGUGUACAUACUUACUAUGACAUAUUCCCUUCAAAAGUGUCUAGUUCUUCCUUUAAAAUAGUGACUAAAGUCUUUAGUUAUUUUACUCUCAGAGAAAAGCAAUAUGAGAAGGGUAAGAGUUAUCAGAGAGGGGUAAGAGUCAUCAGCAGUGACUCCGUCAAAUUCCAAUAUGGUGAAAUUACAAAGUGCUGUUACAGCUAUAAAUUUAUACUGGUAAGCAGGAAUGUUGUGGGCAGCAAAAAAUGCAAAUGGAGAGCUCUGCUUACAUUCAGAUAACUUGAGGUCAUCUGUCUAGCCCCCAAAAAGCAAGAGUCUGUCAUUUUCUCAUUGUUUUAUUCUUCCAUUAGUGAAUUUUCUGUUUUGUCCCUCAGUGACUUCCUAUAAGACAUGGACAUAACAUAGCAAAUGUGUCUCAAAAGUAAAUACCAAGUGGUAUUUAGCUGCUGCCAUACCUCUGGAAAAGAUCCAAAAAGGUUAUGACUGUGAAGCUAUCCCAGCAGUCCUCAUAUGUAUGUAGGCCUAUUUAGUGUGCAUGGUUAUUCAUGUAACAUGCCCAAUGCUUCCUUCCAGUGAAGGAGCUUUCAGACUUGUUUCCACUGAAAGCUAUUUGUUGAUUUGUACAGCAUUAUCUGAAGGUGUAUGGGGUAGGAAAGUAAAUAAAUCAAUGUUUAACUCAUCUUUCAUAUAUAAGCUUUACUGAACCAAUGUGCCAUCAAUGAAUAUGUUUUAGACUCCUAAUGUCCCAAAUAAACAAGGUUACGCACAGCAGCUACCUUGGCAAUUUCUAGUAAUUUGUACAUAUAAUAAAAGACAUGUAAAUGUUAAAGGAAGUGGUGGGGGAACAGAGGGCAGCUGACCUAUCUUUCCUUUUUCUUAUUAAUUUUAGUGUCAAAGCUUCAAAAAAAAUUAAUAACAAAAUUUUUUUAGCCAUUUGGACAUUAAGAGAUUCUUUAAUGAUUACAUCCUUUACAUCCUGUCCAAAUAUUCUACACGAUACUAUUAAUAAUAAUUAACCACACUGUCAAAUAACUAAUUGUGACAGUGUGGAGAAGAUAAAGUCACUGUUUUUUUUUCUCAGAGUUUUGUCAGAGUAUGCAGAUUUAAAUGAAAACAUUUUUUCUUUCUUAUGUAUACAGACAUAUUGAUAUCCUUCAAAAACCCUUUUCAGUGCACUGCCCCAGUGGCUAAUGUAAUAGUGUGAUCAUUGUUUGUUUGUAAAUAUGAAUUGUAUGAGAAAUAAAUACACAUGGUUUCUGA